AUGAGCAAUAGUGUAAUAGGCGAUGAUUUCUCAGAAAGAGAUGAAUGCGACAUCGAAGGAGAUGACCAAGUGCCUCAAUUUAACAUGGAACAAGUAAGUGGAUCCCCUUAAAUAUAGAUUUAUUCAUCCCUUACUUCUGAAUUCAAUGGGAUCUUUGCCUAAUCAUUCAUCAUCUCGAAAUAAAUAACAUCUUAUGUCAUCAAACAAUCAUUGAAAAUGGCAGAAGAACAAGUAUUCCAUACUUUUAUCUAGUUCAUGCAAACUCAAGUGCCCAUCAGUUCCAAUGCUUAGGUAAUGACAAUCAUGGAAAUGAUCGUUGCGAGUUAUUUCAAUCAAGAUGGUUUAACAAUACAAGGCUGCAAUAUGCCUGAAGAUAGCGAACCUGUAUAUAUAUUGGGUGUAAUAAAAGAAUGUAAUACAUUAUGAUCGUUGGAGAAGAAAUAGAGUCAACAUUGAAGAAAUGAGUUAGUCAUUCUCAGAGGAACAACAAGAGCAAGUUGAAAAUGAAUCUCCAUCGCAACACAAUAGUUCAAAAAAUAACAAGUAAACAUUUUCAGUUUUCGAAAGGAAAAAACCAUUAGCUGUUGCACCUCCAAAAUCAAGUCAAUCAGAGAUAAGACUUAUUGAAUUUCAAGUAGCAGAAGAGGAAGAUGACUUUGUUGAUAAAUUGAGAUAGAAGAAACUCUAUGAUAUCAAGAAGAAAAAUGAAAUUGAAUAGAAAAUCAAAGAAGACAUCAUUUAAAAUUAAGUACAAAAUUAAUAACCCCUAAGAAAAAAGAGUAAUCUUCCAAUAAAUACACUUACGAUUAUGAUGGCAAGAUCCUAUUAUCAAAAGGAGUCAAAUAUGAUAAAUUAUAGCCUACUGCAUUAAAACUAAAGGUCGAUUUGAAAGAUAUUCCAAAAACAACCAACUAGUAGAGCAUCCCUCAAACCAAUUCCAAAAAGGGAAGUAAAUAGGUCAUCUAAACUUAAUAACCAUUACCAAUACCACCUAAAACAACUGCAGAUAUACCAAAUAAAGUAAUAUCAUGAAUUAUAUAAGAAUAUAAUAGAUCGAAAGGAUGCAGCCAAAGAUGCAACUGGAGAUAAAGGUCUUCGAAUUGACAGAGGAGCUUAAUUACCAUAUGAUACCUUCUCUAUGACAAAUGGCGUUAAACUAAUCUAUGAACAGAGAUACAAGGAAGGAAUCAGACAUCAGGUUAGUGAUUCAGCUGAGUAACUACAAUAUAGAUUGUCAGGAUAAAACUUUUUACCUGGUGAUGAUAUAACUAAAUAAAUGCAAUAAAUUAGAUUGACUCGAACAGAAUAUAAGUUGUUAACUGACAAUGGUAAUCCAUUUUAAUAGCAAACUAAAUCUUAAUUUAUACCCUAAGAGACCGUGGAAACAAAAAAGAAUUUAGAUAAUACUAAACUCGAAAAGACAGUUCAAUUCAAUGAAAGUCAUCUUGUCAUGAACAAAUUCUCUCCUAAUAAAACUAGCUAAUAGAAAAUAGAAACUAAAUAAGAAAAGAUAUUGACUAAAAAUGCUAAAUUACUCGAAAACCUUCUUGUACAACCUAAUAAACCUGAGACACCAAGCCAAACACUUAAAAAAAAUGAACCAUUAAAUAAGUUAGUAAUUCUCAUUUAAAAUAGAAAUCCUAUUGAUACUUUUAAUCAAUCACUACUCAACUCAAAAGAUUGGGGAAAAGCUAAUGCUAAAAUUGGGUACUUCCCUCCUGUCCGAGUCUCGUAAAAUCGAGGACAUAAUGGAUCAUUAGAAUAACUGUAUAAUCUUACAUUAAGAUCUAUAGGUACAAAUUGCCAAGAGAUAGAAUCAAUGUACAAUAACAGAGAACUCAAAGUGAAUUCUAUAAACUGUAACCCAAAAGAUCUACUCACAAAUCAAUGAGCGAAGGGAUGUUUUAAACCUUUUACACAACCCAUUCCAAGUUUGAUGAAAAACUUAGAUAAUUUUGA